AUGGAUGUGUGGGGCCCAGCCCUCGUCAAUGGACAGGACCGCGAGCGAUACUUUCUGCUGGUUGUUGACGACUACUCGUGUUACACCACGGUCUUCCCCUUGUGCAGCAAGGGGGAGGUCCCUUCUGUCUUUCUCCCUUGGAUCCGCGCUGUCCGUCUCCAGCUCCGCGAGCGGUUCCGCCAGGACCUUCCUGUCCUGCAUCUGCACUCUGACAGAGGUGGUGAGUUCUCCUCCCACCUCCUACAGGACUUUUGUCGUGGGGAGGGCAUCCUCCAGUCGUUCACGCUUCCGGCCUCCCCGCAGCAGAAUGGGGUUACUGAGCGCCGCAUUGGCUUAGUCAUGGAUGCUCCCCAUUUUCCGUGGCCGUUUGCGGUCCGGUACGCUGCGCAUCAGCUCAACCUCUGGCCCCGUGUCUCCUUGCCGGAGACCUCGCCUACACUGCGUUGGAUGGGGAAGGUUGGCGAUGCGUCGGUGUUCCGGGUCUGGGGCUCUUGUGCCUUUGUCCGCGAUACCACCGCGGACAAGCUCUCCUCUCGCGCCUUUCCCUCCGUCUUCCUUGGCUUUCCCCCUGACGCGCCUGGCUGGCAGUUUUACCACCCCACCACGUGCCAUGUUCUGUCCUCUCAUGACGUCAUGUUUGAUGAGUCAGUUCCCUUUUAUCGUUUCUUCCCCUACCGCACUGCCCCUUCCCCCCCCCCCCCCCCCCUGCCGCUCUUCCUCGCUCCAGGUCCCCCUCCGGUAGACCCCCUCCCCCCUCAGGGUCCUGCUCCUUCAGGUGUGUCUCAGGUAUGCCCACUCCCCUUGGCUAAGCCUUUCGAGGUCACUUCAAAUUACACCUCUGGCCCACCUGAGGGGGGUGACGUUGCUGCUGAAGACACGGCGGCCCCCCGCCGCUCACCACGCUUGGAGACCCCUCCGGGUUUUCCACCUCGACCGUCUUCGCCGCCUGUGCAGCCGGUUGUUGUCGACUCUGGUGCUGCUAGGGGUGGUGCUGCUGGUGGUGCUGAGCCUGGGGGUGCUGAGCCUGAGGGUACAGAGCCUAGGGGUGCUAAGCCUACGGGUGUGGAGCUUGGGGGUGCUGAGCCUGAGGGUGCUGAGUCUGGGGGUGCUGAGCCUAGGGGUGCCGAGCCUGAGGGUCCUGGGUCUGGGGGUGCUGAGCCUAGGGGUGCUGCGUCUGCUGGAGGUCCUACGGGUGCCUCGCCGCAGCGGUCUAGUCAGCGGGAGCCUCUCUCACCACGGCAGCUUCGCGAGUGGUUUGCUCGGCGCACCUUCGGAGUGGCGCUGCUGGGGCUGGAGGCACUGCCGCUAGAGGCACUGGCGCUGGAGGCACUAACACUGUGGACCCUAGAGCUGGAGGCGCUGGAGUUGGAGGCGCUGGAGCUGGAGGCGCUGGAGCUGGGGGCGUUGGCGCUGGAGGUACUGGAGGUAUUGGAGCUAGAGGUACUGGCGCUGGAGGUACUGGAGCUAGAGGUACUGGAGCUGGAGGUACUGGAGUUGGAGGUCCUAGAGGUACUGGAGCUAGAGGUACUGGAGCUGGAGGUCCUGGCGCUACUGGUGCUGGAGGUACUGGAGCUAGAGGAGCUGCUGGGAUUGUGGGUGAUGCGCCGCAGCAUCCGCUUUUCUUACCGCCGCCGCAGUCGUCCUUACUGCCACCUGACCUAG